AGGUCUCCGUCGAACCCAAACCCAACCCCGCAAAUGCUGCUUCGCGCUCUCCUUUUCCUGCCUUUUUUCCUCUUCUCACUUUCAACCACCGCCGCCGACAACCCAUCGCCGGCCAUAUUCCUCUCUGUCUGCGGCCAAAACCAAACCCAGAAUGCUGAGGCCUUCGACGUCAACUUCGUCGAUGCCAUGGAGAAGAUCUACAAGAACAUCACCGUCGCUGGAUUCGCCACUUCUGCUUCCGACGCAUCCCCAACCGUCUUUGGCUUGGGCCAGUGCUUCUCUUACCUCUCCUCUGUAAACUGCCAGCUCUGUUACUCCCAGAGCAGAGUAAAGCUCCCCUGCCCCCCCGCGCCCGCCGGUCGCAUCUAUCUCGAUGGCUGCUUCCUCGAAUACGCUGAUCGCAAUGUUUCUGCUCACUCCGACGACUCCGCCGACACCUACGCAUGCAGCAACAGAACAGUCGGCGAACCGCUUCAGUCGUCAUUCGCGAAUCUGACCGCUGAGCUCGUCGGGAAUUUGACGGCCGAGGCCUAUCGGAAGGGCUAUUACCAGGUGGGAAGCGUGCAGGUGUCGCCGGAUGUGACGGCUUAUGGGAUGGCCCAGUGUUGGAGGUCAUUGAACGCUAGUGGUUGCAGGCACUGUUUGGAGAAAGGGAGACAGAGCAUCGUCGGCCGGUGUUUGCCUGCCGACGAAGCGAAAGCCAUGAAUGCCGGUUGCUUCGUCAGGUAUUCUACCGAGGCUUUCUAUUUGACCGCGGAUGCAGGGGGCAAAGGCAGCGGUGGGAGCUCUAAUGCUCACCGCAAAGUAAUUAUUGCUGUGACUACUGUUUUGGGUGCUCUGGUGGUGGUUGGGUUACUUCAAUUGUGGAGGAUGAGGAGGUCUGUUUUUGGUUAUGGAAGAGGUGAAUCUGGUGGGAAUCGUCAGAUUAUUAAAUCCAUCACAAAAUCUCAUCUAAGCUACAAAUAUGAGGAUUUGAGCAAGGCCACAAACAAUUUUAGUCAGAACAACAAGCUCGGUCAAGGGGGAUAUGGCGCUGUUUAUAAGGGGAUUCUGCCGGAUGGCAAGGAAAUAGCUGUGAAGAGGCUUUUCUUUAAUACGACCAAAUGGGUUGAUCAAUUCUUCAAUGAAGUAACUCUCAUCAACCAAGUUCAACACAAGAACCUUGUAAAGCUUCUCGGUUGCAGCGUUGAAGGACCAGAAAGCCUGCUUGUCUUGGAGUUUCUUAGCAACACCAGCCUUGAUCAUUACUUGUUUGAUUCGUUCAUGAAGACUGCGCUGGAUUGGGAAAGAAGGUUCAAUAUAAUUGUGGGCACUGCAGAGGGCUUAGCUUAUCUGCACAGUGCUUCAGCUGUUAGAAUCAUUCAUAGGGACAUCAAAGCCAGCAAUAUAUUGUUGGAUGAUAAGUUCAGGCCCAAGAUCUCAGAUUUUGGAUUGGCGAGGUAUUUUGCAGAGGAUCAAAGCCAUCUCAGCACUGGCAUAGCAGGAACUUUUGGCUACAUGGCUCCUGAAUAUAUUUUCCAUGGCCAGCUGACGGAGAAGGCUGACAUCUAUGGCUAUGGUGUUGUUGUUCUUGAAAUUCUUACUGGCCGUAAAAACCAAAGCUCGAUAUUGACUUCAGCAGAAGGUCAUUCUCUAAUGCAGCAGAUAUGGCAGCACUACAACUCAAAUACACUAAUGAUGAUGCUGGAUCCUAACCUACAAGGAACCUGCUCAGAUAUGGAAGCCAUCAAGGUGUUCAAAGUUGGGCUUCUGUGCGUGCAGGCUUCUCCCAGCCUGAGACCACCAAUGUGGAAGGUUGUCGAGAUGCUGACGAGCACGCAGAACUACCUGCCCGAUCCCACCCAGCCUCCAUUUCUUGACAGCCAUGGCUCACAUAGCCAAAGCCAAGGCUCACAGAGCAGAAGUCAUGGCUCAGAAUCUUCUCAUUUAAAAUCUCCCUCAAUCAAAAGCCCUGAUUUAGAGGAUAACUCAUCAGUAAAUCAGAUCUCAGUUAGUAUUUACGAAGGGAGAUGAGAAAUUUUGGCCCAACAUCUGCUCUGUGUCUUGUUCAAAGUUGUUACGGGAGCUUUAUUUGAUUUCCAGAACAAAUUGUUCACAGGAUAUGUGCCCGCUGCCUCCUGCAUUUUUGUGCAUCUGCUAAAGGAAUAGGAGAAUAUUUUCGAAUGAGAAGUGCAUUUAAACUGGGCAAAUGCGAGGAUCAUUUCCUCACUAAUUUAAUUGGUGGUGGAGAAAAGGGUUUCUCCCAGCGACCGUGCUGCUUUGCGCGGCGAUACACUUAUAAAUUGUGUUUUCUUCAACUUUGUAAUCAAGGCUUUUAAUGGGUUGUAAAUUGCAUUUGC